AUGCAGGACUUGGUCGAGAGGGCAGAGGAACUGCACAAGAUGGUCACGAGCGUGGCUGGCUCGGACGACCUGCUCAAUCAAAACGGCAACAGACCCCAUCUCCCCAGCAGCCUGGUCGAGGCCUUUGAACGCAUCGUCAGCCUAUUUGUGCUGAAGGCCAAAGAGUUGUCCUGGCUGAACAGAUUCGCCCUCAAGUCCGACCCAACAUACGGCCGACAUGCCCAACGACGUUUGGAUCAACUCAGGAGAACCGGCGACGCUAUCUCGGAACAGACCCGGGGUCUUCUAAACCGCGCCAAAGAGGACAUAAUGUUGUUAGGCACCAGCAAGCGCGACGUGGAGAGAAUCGUCAUAGCACCCAUUGGGCCUGAAUUCCUUGCGAUGUCGCUGAUCAGCAACCUGCAGAACAACAUGCUUAUCCGUGGGACCGACAAGCGAUUCGACCUCAUCAACCAUUACAGGAACCGCGCGGCCAGACUUCGGUUCGAAACCAACAGAAGACCCAAGAGAAAUGCAUUCGUGCAGAUCCACGCCCUCGAGGAGGAGUUGGAAGCUCUUCAGAUGGUGGUUGAUUCGCAGCAAGAGCUCUGGAGGGCCCAUCAGAAGCUCUUCUCCCCCCUGACUUUCAAAUGCCCGACCACCGAUUGGUUUUAUUACCGAGAGAGAAAGUCAAUGUUCAGACUCGAGAGCAAAAGUGUCCAUAGGCAGCAAAGGCGGCUAGCUGAGCGCGAAAGAGCCCUCUGGAUCCUGCGAAAGAGAACCCGGGCCCUGAGGGAUGAUACGAAGCAGAGGAUCGAGAUACUUGACGAGGGUCACGGGAGGGCGAUUCGGGUUUUCACCAUCGUGACGUUGUUUUUCCUGCCAUUGUAA